CAACAAUACUGGGCUAAGUUUGAAUCAGGGUUAGCGCUGUCAGCGCGUUCAUACCUCCGCUGAGUCAGCCUAUUCUAACGUCACUGACCAUCGAGGUCCUCUAUUGUUGCAAUCAACAAUACAACAAGAGUGCUAUUGUCUUAUCGUUUCGGUCUGAAUCUUCUCUUUCGAGGUAUUCAUCCAAUAGAGUAACCGAACAGCUAACACCUUACUUUCACCACGGUCUUCGUGAUCAACGCGCUUCGUCAUCGCCUUGCCUCUGUUACCUAAACCAUAGCGUUGCCUAGGGUCACCUAAAUUCCACCUAGAUUUCACCCUUAUGCUGCCCUUUCACCUAUCUUUGAUAUAAUUAUGGCUAUGGCCAUCUCCAUCUCAGUCCUUCUUUCAUUCGCAGGUACUGCUUUCUGUGCUCAGCCUUCGGCACCCUCACCGAUUCCUGCACCAUUGCGUGAGCUUCCAUGGGCGCAGCUCAACUUUCUACACACAACAGAUAUACACGGCUGGUGGGGGGGCCACCUUCAAGAACCUUCUUACUCUGCCGAUUGGGGAGAUUAUAUCUCGUUUGCCAAACAUUUGCGUGAUAGAGCAGACGAAGAUGGUUCCGACUUAAUCCUCGUGGACACUGGAGAUCGGAUAGAGGGCAACGCCAUCUACGACAGCUCCAAGCCGCGGGGGAAAUUCACGUAUGAGAUUGCCAAAGAGCAAAACAUCGACCUGAUAUGCUCUGGCAAUCAUGAGUUAUAUAAAAAGAGCUCGUCCGAAGGAGAGUACUGGCAUACUGUUCCGAAUUUUAAAGGCAACUAUCUCGCAUCGAAUCUUGACAUUUACAGCCCAGAGACUGGAAAUCUAGAGCCUCUUGCUCCCCGAUUCAAGAAAUUCACUACCAAAAACCAAGGCAUCCGGAUUCUUGCUUUUGGAUUCAUCUUUGACUUCACCGGCAACGCCAACAACACUGUGGUGCAGAAGGUAGAGGACACUAUCAAAGAAGACUGGUUCAAAGAAGCUCUGAAAGACGAAGAGGUUGAUCUGAUCGUUGUGUUUGGUCAUGUCGACAUCCGCUCUCCAGAAUACACGGAUUUGUAUUCCGCCAUUCGAUCCGCGCAAUGGGACACCCCCAUACAGUUUUUUGGCGGUCAUUCCCACAUUCGAGACUAUGCGCGCUAUGAUCGAAACUCCGUGGCCCUAGAAAGUGGACGCUACAUGGAGACGAUUGGCUUCAUGUCCAUUGACGGUCUCAGGACAGGUGGAACCAAGGAUCGCCCAGCUGCAGAACAGAAGAGCGUCAAAUUCUCCCGGCUCUAUCUCGACAACAACCUAUAUUCCUUGCGACAUCACAGUAAGAAGGACAAGGAUUCAUUCGACACGAAACAUGGCCUCAAGGUUUCUGCACAGAUCAACGAGGCCAGGAAGUCUCUGAAUCUUGAUCACCGCUAUGGAUGCGCGCCUCAGGAUUACUGGGUCAAUCGAAGACCCUAUCCUCACAAUGAGAGCAUCUUCACCUGGCUGGAAGAGCAUGUCUUACCCGACACCAUCAAAGAGUCCCGCCGUGUCAAAGACGGAGCCAAAGCCAUCAUCAUCACCAACACCGGUGCCGUGCGAUUCGAUCUUUUCAAAGGCCCAUUCACCAGGGACACUAAAUUCUUAAUAUCGCCUUUCACCAGUGACAUCAAAAUCAUCAAAGACGUGCCCUACGAGGCCGCGAGUAAAGUCAUCAACCUCCUGAACAACGAAGGCCCGAUCGCAAACAUGAUCAUCGGAGAACGAACAUUCAUCCGACCCCCCGAGGUCGAAGCCUCCUGGAUGCGAACCUACAUGCUCACCGACGACCCCUACACCAUCGCCCUGCGCGCACUCAACGAGGAACAAACCGUCAUCACCGACGAAGACGACUCCGAGCCCCUCAUCCCAGGCUACACGACGCAAGAUGACGACGGCACCGACGGCGACGACACCAAACACUCGAAGAUCCCCUUCUACAACGUCGACAACUGCAUCCAAGCCGCGGUGGGCUUCGACCCCAAGGCUGCUGUUGAAACGCUGCCAGAGAAGGUGGACCUAAUGUACAACGAGUUCAUCCACAAGUGGAUCCUCCUCGCCCUGGAGUACCUAGGCGAGAAGCGCGAGGACGCAGACGCACAUGACUUCGACGGCGGGAAGAGCGUCACGGACAUCAUCACCGAUUGGGUCGAGAAGCAUUGGGCCACGGAAGGCGAUUGUCCCUGAACACAAAAAUAAAUAUGGCUCCGAACUGUGUGGUUUGGUGUGGGUAAGAUGAUAGAUGCAUCAGGGAUAGACAGACAGACACACGGUUCUU